UAGGAGAAUGGCGUUUGGUCCGCAGUAGUGGACAGUAGUCAGUAGUGAGCUGUGAGCUAGUGACUGAACUAGCCGUAGCCGGAGAGAGUCGAGCGAGACGUAGCGUGUAAGUGUCAGUACUCAGUAGCGCGCCCAGCUCCGAGCGACUCGCACGAUGAUUGCGCUCGCGCUUGUCACUGUUUCGCUGUGGGCACUCGCGUCCCACUCGGGAGCCGGAGCCAGCCUACACUGUGCCAUGCGACGAGAGAUCUCUCCUUGCACCUGCCGCCGAGAGGACACCGGCACCGGAAUCAUCAUCGUCAUCUGCCAACGCAUCGACACCUACCAAGACAUCGCCAAUGCCCUGACCAAAAAGUUCAGCCCGGAGACCAAGAUCAGCCUGGACAUCUCCAACUGCCAGCUACCCGACUUCGAGGACCACAGCAUUAGAGAUCUCGGACUCUCGAUUACCCGGCUCAAGCUCAACUUCGACAAUUUAAGGCAACUCCGAGAAAGUGUAUUCACGAAGCUGGAUUUACUGGACUACUUCAGUUUAUCUGACAACUCCUUAGACGAGAUGCCGCGACGGGUGUUGCGCCAUCUUCCGCAUGUCAAAACCCUUGACCUAUGCCGGAACAAGAUCACCAAACUGACAGAGGACGAUUUUAAGGAUAUACAAAAGUUAGAGCACCUUCUAGUUGCCGACAAUCAAAUAUCCAAGAUCGAAAGACACGCUAUGCCAAAACGGUUAAAGCACGUACAUUUAGGAAUCAACAAACUUCAUAGUUUGAACGGGGCCUUACAGGAUUUAGAUGAGUUGGAAUGGAUAUUUAUAAAUGCAAACAAUUUGAAGACAAUCGAGAAUGAACUACCUGUGAGAGCUAAGAGGUUAACACUUAUACACGCUGCUAAAAACGACCUGCAAAGCCUGCCAAAGGAUUUAAAACAAUUGCAUUCACUAGAAUCUUUGUACUUUUAUACAAAUAACAUCAAAUCAUUAGAUGGUUCACUGCAGAAAUCAAGAAAAUUAAUGACUGUUAGUCUGUCUUUCAACAAAAUUGAAACCUUGGCUGAGGAUGAUUUUGCUGAGGCAGAAAAAUUAGCCGAUUUAGAUAUAGGAUACAACCAGUUAAGAUCGCUAAACGGUUCACUAAGGAGUCUCAAGGCACUAAGAUACCUUAAUUUAACGCACAAUUUUCUCACGGAGUUUUCACUGCAAGAAAUAAAGGGACUGAAACGCUUGUCUGUCAUAGAUCUUUCGCAUAAUAAAAUCAAUAUUAUAACUGGGAAUAUGGAGAACCUUGUCGAUGUUGAAACAAGGGCGCUAGAGCUUCGCUUAGAUCAUAACAAUCUGCUCAAUCUUGGCGGAGCUCUGAUGGGACUUCAUGGUCUAUUACGACUCAACUUAAGCUACAACCGGUUGCAACAGAUUUCAGCAGACGAUUUGAUAGGCUUAGAAGAUCUAAGAUUACUUGAUAUAUCGUACAACCACAUCACGUCGCUGGAAGAAACAUCGAAGACGUUCCUGCCUUAUUUAGAAGAAUUGAUAGCUCAUCAUAAUAAUAUUACGACCCUGGAUAAGGACUUUCAUGGGUUGCCCUCGCUUUGUAUUGCCGACUUGUCAUACAACAAAAUACAAUCAGUCAACUAUGAAGUGGUGUCAAAAUCUCGAUGUAGCAUAAACGGCGUUCCAAGUAUUUUAAAGGUCUACCUACAAGAUAAUCCCGUGCUUUGCGAUGAUCACUUAUACGAGCUUGUUGCUGUUUUGGAGAGUCUUAACACCCGAGUUAGCGGAGAGGCUACGUGUGUCGCCCCGCAGACGACUGCACCAGUUCUAGCACCAGCUCUCAACGACAUUCUCCCUGAUACCCCUGUGAUAGUAGUCACACGUAUGAAUAAUGGUGUGAAAAUACUAGAUAACAGAGAUUCUCAACCAGGACACUUGACAUACCGACGUGUGGGAGCCCUAAUUGGACAUGUUUUGCCUGAACGAGAAGGAGGUCUGCCAGUUCUGGUCGAGCCACCAGUGACGCUUCCGUCCGCGAGCUCAAACGUAGUCGUGAAAUGGCCAGACGAACGAAGAGAACAGUCUCAUCCACUCUCUGAUCACCUUCGUCUGCGCGAUCUCAAUGCAUCACCGCAGUGACUAAUCAAUGCGUGGCAAAUAUGCCAACUAACUAAGUGCUUCGUGAUAGCAAAAAUUUCUUUCAACCAGCAACGAAACUUUUAGAUUCGGUCGGCCCGAAUUAUUAUAAGAGUUAGAUAUAACUGUA